AUGUAUUCAUUGAGUAACCGAGUUUUGCCGUCAUAUACUUCAAGAAAUGUCAGUAAGAGGAUUGUUUUGUCGUGUUCUAGAGGAUUGAUUAGGAGCAGUAGGUUUAAUUCUACCACAACACCCUUACAAACUCCCCGUCGUGGCGGAUACUGGAAGUACUAUUUGGGGGCAUUUGCCUUAGGUGGACUCGCAGCUUCUCAAUUGCCGCUUUACAGUAUAUAUCAAUUAUCAGCAACGAGUUUGCCAGAGGACGGUGACUCUUUUGAAUACGCUGAGUAUAUGACUUCUUUGGAAUUACAGCUGCAAGGAUUGCCGAUAGUGAAAGCGCUAAGCAACGACCCCAGAUAUGUCAAGUUCAGGGCAUGGCAAAAUUUGGAAGGUAAUAUCUUGGAAAACAGUCUUAUUGGGGGUACAUUGAAUGUACCAGGAGGUUUCGCAGUGAUGCCUGUAGCGUUCGUGAAUGAGUCCACUGAAGAGAUGAUUACUGUUGUUCAUGUGGGCAGGAAACUCUGUGGAUAUCCAUUACUAGUUCAUGGAGGAAUACUAGCUACAAUUCUAGAUGAAAAUCUAAAGAGAUGUUCAAUUCUAGAAUUCAAUAAGAAAAAGAAUUUGAAUUUGAAAUAUAAUGACGAGAUGAGCUAUAAUAUGAUCCACACAAAAACACUUACGAUAUCCUACAGAUCUCCGACACUGGCUGACAAUUUCAUAGUGAUAAAAUCUCAGUGCCAACCUGGUGGGGAUAAGGAUUCUGUCAAUGUCAAGGCCAACAUUGAAACAGUAAAUCAACGGGUUUUGGUGAAUGGUGAUGCAGUAUUUAAGAUCGACAAGUAA